AGUGUGAGGGGGCGGGACCUGGUCGUCGGUCACGUGAGGCGGGACGAUGCGUCGCCGCGAACGACGGGAGGAGGGAGGCCCCGCUCAGCGCCGGGAGCUCAGGGUUUAGGAGCUGUUGCUGUGGACGGAGAGACGGAGAUGUGAGCGGCCAUUGAGGGCGGCCAGGGUGCCGAUAAGCCCCACCCCCCAUCUGCUCCGUGUGCGGGCUGAGCUUCGAGGGGCUGAGCUUCAAUGGAGGACCACAUGACAGGGCACAACAAGGAGAAGCGUUAUGAAUGUGAUGUAUGUGGCAAGGCCCGGCAGUCCCCGAGCCAUCUAGAGAUCCACCGGCGGGUGCACACGGGAGAACGCCCCUUUGACUGCUCCGACUGCGGCAAGACCUUUACCCAAUUGUCGGCGCUGCAGGUGCAUCGGCGGGUGCACACGGGGGAACGCCCCUAUGAAUGCUCCAACUGCGGCAAGAGCUUCAAGACGGCACAGGAAUUGAAGAUACACCAGCGAGUGCACACGGGCGAGAAGCCCUAUGGGUGCUCCACCUGCGGCAAGAGCUUUGCCCAGUUGUCGGCGCUGCAGCUGCACCAGCGCGUGCACUCGGGCGAGAAGCCCUAUGGUUGCUUCACCUGCGGCAAGAGCUUUACCAGUGUGUCGGUGCUGCAGGUGCACCAACAGGUGCACACGGGAGAACGCCCCUUUGAAUGCUCUCACUGCGGCAAGCGCUUCAAUACGGCGCAGUAUCUGAAGAUACACCGGCGAGUGCACACGGGCGAGAAGCCCCAUGGCUGCUCCACCUGCGGGAAGAGCUUUGCCCAGUUGGCGGGGCUCCAGGAGCACCGGUGGGUACACAUGGGCGAUAAGCCCCAUGGCUGCUCCACCUGUGGCAAGAGCUUUGCCCGGUUGUGGAGGCUGCGGGAGCACCAGCAGGUGCACAGCAGCGAGCGGCCCUUCUCCUGCUCCGACUGCGGCAAAGGCUUCAAGUCGUGCAAGCACCUGAAGGUGCACAGGCGCAUGCAUACCGGGGAGCGGCCCUACAUCUGCAGUGACUGUGGCAAGGGCUUCACCCAUUCCAGCAACCUGGUGUCCCACCAGCGCACCCACACCGGGGAGCGCCCCUUCAUUUGCACACAGUGCAGCAAGGGCUUCACACAGUCCAGCAGCCUGCUGUCCCACCAGCGCACCCACACUGGUGAGCGCCCCUUCAUUUGCACCCAGUGCAGCAAGGGCUUCACACAGUCCAGCAGCCUGCUGUCCCACCAGCGCACCCACACUGGUGAGCGCCCCUUCAUUUGCACCCAGUGCAGCAAGGGCUUCACACAGUCCAGCAGCCUGCUGUCCCACCAGCGCACACACACCGGCGAGCGCCCCUACACCUGCAGCGACUGCGGCAAGGGUUUCAUCUGCUCCACCAAUCAGCUGUCCCACCAGCGGGUGCACAACAGCGACCGCCCCUUCCCCAGCCCGGUGGGUGGAGAGCGUUUUUCCAUGGCCUCCCAAGCCUUGUCUCACCAGCGCGUGCACACCAGUGGCCAGCCCUACGACUGCCCGUACUGCGGUGAGUCGUUUGACAGCUCGCGGGGGUUGCGGCAGCACCGGCGGGCUCACGUCGGCGAGCAUCAGCUCCCACUGCGGCAAGAAUUUCAAGAGAGCACGGGGGCUGCGGGAGAACCAGCGGAUACACACCAGAGAGAGACCCUUUGAGUGCGCUGAAUGUGGCGAGGGUUUCACCCGCAUGUCCAGCCUGUGGCAGCACCAGUGUGCCCACAGCGGUGAGCGUCCCUUCCCCUGCCCGUCCUGUGGUAAAGGCUUCACCCGCCUUGACCACCUGCUGGAGCACCAGCGAGUCCACACUGGCCAGCGCCCCUUCACCUGCCCGCUCCUCCAGGCUGCUGGCACUGUUUAGGUGGUCACAAAAUGCUGGAAGGAAUGGGUGAUGUUUCAGGCCCAAAAAAAAUCCAAUUCUUUCUCCCCAGAGAUUCCUGACCCGCUGAGUUACUCCAGCACUCUGAUAAACGUCACCAAUCCAUGUUCUCCACAGAUGCUGCCUGACCCUCUGAAUUACUCCAGCACUCUGUGAAACGCCACCUAUCCAUGGUCUCCACAGACAGAUGCUGCCUGACCCUCUGAAUUACUCCAGCACUCUGUGAAACGCCACCUAUCCAUAUUCUCCACAGAAGCUGCCUGACCCGCCAAGUUACCGUAUCACUACUUGUUCGAGUCAUACAGUGCAGAUACAGGCCCUUCCGCCCAACUGGUCCACAACUACCAACAUGUCCCAGCAACACUAGUCCCAUCUCCCUGCGUUUGCUCCAUAUCCCUCCAAACUUUUCCUAUCCAUGUACCUGUCUAACUGUUUCUUAAACUUUGGGAUAGUCCCAGCCUCAACUACGUCCUCUGGCAGCUUGCUCCAUACACCCACACCCUUUGUGUGAAACGGUUACCCGUCUGAUUUCUAUUAAAUCUUUUCCCCUUCACCUUGAACCCAUGUCCUCUGGUCCUCGAUUCCCACACUCUGGACAAGAGAUUGUGUGCAUCUAACUAAGUUCUGUUCGAUAAAAUAUUCCGGCAUCUGUAGUAUCUUGUGUCUCCCUCACCUAUAUCCACCUAUCACUUCUGAAUAAGAGUUUCAACCUGAAAUUCCUGCAAUAUCAUUUGUUCAUUUUAUUUGUUUAAUGGAUUUGAUUAGAUUAGGAAAUGUUUCCUUUCCUACAAGGGACUUUCCUCUGAGGAGUUUCUAUAGCAACAUGCCCACUCUCGCCUUUAUGAAGAGACUGAAGAUUUGUACUGCAAGGUAUGACUGACAAAUAAUGGAUUAGCUGUACAAAAUAAAGAUCCGUUGAUUCAAUUGUGGUCAA